GAUAAAUCGGCAAGGAACAAAGAUAUUUAACUGAAUAUUUUAAUAUCGUACGUAAUUUAAAGAUAACAAUUUAUCAAGAUUUCUUCAAGUGUUGAACAGUGAAAACAAUGUGAAUGAAAACAAAAAGACUAGUAUUAAUUAUGUGGAAUAUUGAAAGGAUUGUAGUAAUAACAUCAAUUUUAUACGCUUCAGCCGUAGCUCAGUCGAACCGUAAUGACACACGAUGCUUCCAAUUCACGUGGCUUGGUCCCCGAUAUGAUAAUCAAAGUGUCUUCUUGAACGCGACCUGCAAUGAUGCUACACGACUUGCGGAUGGAAUACCAUGCUAUCAGCCUCUCGUUGUUUCAGAGGACGGCACCUGGCCAGAUAUGGAUUACAUUUGGGCAAACCAUUUUAACGCAACGACAUGUGUACUCACACAAAAUGAUAUCUGUGCAAAAUAUACUUACUAUUUCAAUGGACAUCCGGAAAAUUCAACCUACAUGUGUACUAGGGCCGUAGAUAAUAAUAAUACAGCAAUCACUAGUGGGUGCUAUGAGCAGAUGUCUGGAAGUUAUCGAACAAGGGUUUGCUUCUGUCGAAGUGUUCUUGGGGGAGUGCCGUGUAACAAGGGCUUUGCUGUCAUACCGUCGAUAUUUGCGGCAUUGCUAGGCUUCGUUGUUUUUAUUAUUAGAAACUAAAAAAAACAGUAAUGUAUGUUAUAAAUAAAGACAAGGAAAAA